CAGUGCAUGCGCUGUAAUAUAUAAACAGACAUGACAGCCUGAUGUACACACGUUUGUCAUUAAGCACAGUUAUUAUUUUUUACAUUAUACUCGCUUUUAGUUAUUCAUCGAGUUGAUUUGACAGCUAUGGAGGUUGAAAACUUCGUUUCCAAGACUCUUGAGCUCCUGCAAGAAGAGAGAGAAGCUGAAUUGGAAGAAACACGAGCAUGGCAGGAGAAUUUAUCUCCCAAGAAUUUACAGCACAAAGGAGUGUACCUGCUGAAACUUCAGAUCGCAAGCCAGCAUACUGGCAUGUAUGGCAGACUUCUGGUAGUUUUUGAACCCAGGAAAAGUAUAGGACCCUCAAUUCUGCCCAGCAACACCUUCGGACCUGGUGAUAUUAUAGGUUUGUAUCAGGCAGAGGGUCAGGAUCAGCCAUCUCAGCUGGGUUCAGGUGUGGUGACACGUGUUACUCAAGCAUCACUGACGGUGGCUUUUGAUAACACGCAAGACGGUAUGAACUUGGACAGAGAUGGACUUUACAAUCUAAUGAAGCUGGCAAAUGAUGUGACCUACAGGAGACUGUCAAGUGCCUUAAAGUCUUUAAAUGGAUACAGCAGUGGUCCUGCGUCUCACCUGAUCAGUGUCCUCUUUGGUUACUCAGAACCAGGGAUAUUAUCACAUCAGCACCCACUGGAAUUUAGCAACACUGGGUUAGAUAAUUCUCAGAAAGAGGCUGUGUCCUUUGCAAUAUCUCAGAAAGAUGUUGCAAUCAUACAUGGACCACCAGGAACUGGCAAAACCACUACAGUGGUUGAAGUAAUCCUGCAGGCAGUAAAACAGGAACAAAAGGUCCUUUGCUGUGCUCCUUCCAAUGUGGCUGUUGAUAACUUGGUGGAGCGCCUGGCAAAGAGCAAGGUCAAGGUUUUAAGACUGGGUCACCCAGCCCGCCUGCUUGAGUCGAUUCAGAAGCACUCGCUGGAUGCGGUCCUUGCACACAGUGACAACACCAACAUCAUUUCUGAUAUUCGCAAGGACAUGGACAAAGCUUUUAAUGAAAUGAAGAAGGCUCGAGACAAAGGCCAACGGAGCAAUCUGAGACUGGAAAUCAGGGAACUGCGGCGAGAGCUGAGGACCAGGGAGGAAAUGGCUAUCACUCAGAUCCUGAAAAGGGCCGAUGUUAUUCUAGCAACUAACACUGGAGCCUCUGAUGAUGGUCCUCUCAAACAUCUUCCUAAUGAUCAUUUUGACCUGGUGGUGAUAGAUGAGUGUGCUCAGGCUCUAGAGAGCAGCUGUUGGAUCGCUCUGCUCAAAGCACGCAAGUGCAUACUGGCUGGGGAUUACAAACAGCUGCCACCCACGAUCAAAUCACAGAGUGCUGCAUCUAAAGGCCUGUCUGUCAGCUUAAUGGAGAGGCUGAUAAAGAAAUAUGGAGACCCAGUGGUUCGAAUGUUGACCACUCAGUACCGUAUGAACGGUGCCAUCAUGCAGUGGGCUUCAGAGCAAAUGUAUGAGGGCAAACUGAUUGCACACCCUUCAGUGGAGAAACACUUGCUUAAAGACCUGGCUGGUGUUGCUGAUGUUGAGGAAACCAGAAUUCCCCUCCUGCUCAUUGACACUGCAGGCUGUGGCCUGAAUGAGAUGGAGGAUACAGACGAGCAGUCCAAAGGAAAUCAAGGAGAGGUAGACAUUUUGGCUCUUCAUAUAAAGGCACUUACCGACGCUGGAGUUCAAGUCAAAGACAUUGCGAUUAUUGCACCCUAUAAUCUCCAGGUGGAUCUUUUGAGACAGAAACUGUCCCAUAAAUAUGCAGAGCUGGAGAUCAAGUCUGUUGAUGGCUUCCAGGGCAGAGAAAAGGAGGCAGUGGUGUUGUCAUUGGUCAGAUCCAACAGGAAGGGUGAGGUUGGAUUUCUCGCUGAAGACAGAAGGAUCAAUGUGGCUGUGACUCGUGCCAGACGCCAGCUUGUGGUAGUGUGUGAUUCUCAGACUGUUCGAAAACAUGACUUCCUCAAAUCCCUAGUGGACUAUAUGUCUGAACAUGGAGAGGUUCGUACUGCCUUUGAGUACCUGGAAGACUGUGUGGCACAGAAUUACAUCCGUGAUGAAAAGGACAAACAAACCAACAGCAAAGAUGCUGCAUCUGCAAAACAGAAGCCCAAGAACCAAGGCAUGAAAACAGAAAAAGAACAGAAGAAAAGUGCAGACAACAAAAGUAGAGGAGUGAAUCAGUCCAAUGUUCAGCCUGAGCAACAUAAAAAUACCAAUUCACACCAUCCUAAACCCAAAGAUGCUGAUCAGAGAAAAGAGAUAAAGGAGCAACUUCUGAACUUUCUGAAAGACUCAAGAAAGACAGAGCUACAGUUUCCUUCCACGCUAAAUUCUCACGAGCGUCUGCUAGUCCACGAGCUCUCUGAAGAAAUGGGACUGAGGCAUGAAAGCCAGGGAGAAGGGAAAAACCGUCGCAUCACUGUGUCCCGACCUCCAUCAGGACUAGAAAAGUCAGUGGAGCCCGAACAACCAGACGUGAUUGCAUGUACAGCAGCGAAGCUACAAGAAGAGUUGCAAAAAGGACCCUCACAGCCAGCUGUUGAUCUGAAGAGCCUACAUUUGGAGCGAAUGCGCCGGGAGCAGGAGAAACGAGAGGAGAAAAAGCAGCAAAAACAACAGAGUGUGAGACGGGAACCGGAUCCUAAUACUAGUAAAAGCCAAUCUGUUAAGAAACCCAAAGGAACUUCCAAAGGAAACACUAAGAUAAAAGCAGGAGCCACAGAUAUAGCUGCAGCUGCCAUGCCAGAUGACGAUUUUGACGGUCUCAUCAAUGCUGUGGUUAAAGCCGACAGCGUUUGUGGUUUCGUGAAGUGCAAAGCCAGUGUCCUGACACUUGGGCAGUUCUGCCUCUACUGUAACAGACAAUACUGUCUGAGUCACCAUAUACCUGAGGUGCACGGAUGUGGAGACAAAGCAAAAGCACAAGCUAGAAUGAGGAUAAGUAAAGAAGGGGUGCUUUACGCAGGAAGUGGCCAGAAGGGCAAAUCGGUGGAUCCAAAUAAAAAAGCAUAUCUGCAGAGAAAACUAGACUCUAAACUCAAAGAUAUGGCAUCUCAAAGAAAAACUAAAGCCAAAGACAAAGAGAACUGACAUUCGGAGACACUAGAUCAAUCUGAUGUUGUUUAAUUUAAAUGUGAUGGUUAUUAACUUGAAAAAUAAGUAUAGAAAUAUUUCUAUGAGCUUCACAAACAUUCUGGCUAUUAUGACGCUAAUAAGUUCCUCAAUAAGGCUGAGAACAGCUGCUAUUUAUUACAGAUCUACACUGGCAUGGUUAAAUGCUAAGCAAAUCACACAAAGACCAGCCAUAUUUAAUACUCCUGACUGGCACUGUGACUGAAAGGUGGGUUUCUGAAUGACUUGGGUUGUGCUUAAAAUACCUACCCUAAUGCUAGUCUGAAAUCCCUGUACAAGAUUUGUCUUUCAGAAUUAUUAUUGGGAGCUUAAUUCGUUGCUCCUCUGUGCCUCUCAGUGAUUGAUUAUUGAUGUCAUAUGUAAACUCCCAGUUAUCUUAUAAAGCUCUGAAGAGCACAGGCAGAGCAUAGCUUUGGCUUGGGUCCAUUUAAUGCUGGAUUUAAUAUAUUUAGUCUCCACACAGCAUGUGCUCAUGUAGCUUGGUAUAUUUGUCCACAAGAGGACAUAAGAGACUCGGGUGGCAUUGUGAGCUCCAUGGAUGCAGUUAGUGGAGGAUUUGCAUGGUGAACACAUUAGGAGGAGUACUUCAGGUGACAAUGUUUCUAAUAGCCACAAGUCGUAUGACAAAAAAAAAUAUGUGCAACAGCUUUUGAUAGUUUGAUCUUUGUGAAAUGCUUUUACAUUUUCCCUCAAGCUACUUAGAGCUAAAAAAAAAAAAGUGUUUUCUUGCAGAAUGUGUCACUGAAUACUACAUUAAAAACAUAAAUGUUUUUAUUUUUUUGUUAGUGUUGGUUGUUGGUAGUCUGAUUUGAUCAGCUUGUACAGUGCAAAUGUUAAGGUUGUGUCAAAAGGGAUUUUAAAAUGUAAUCUA